AUGGCUGCCAACACCCAGAUUGGGCUCGACUGGCAAGUCGCGCGAUGGCUGUUCUACCGCCUGAAGAAGCAAGGACUGAGCCCGGCGGAUAGCCGCGAAGCUGAGCUUUUUGCCCUCCUGUCCACCGAGAUCCCUGGGGGUCAAGGUGGAUUUUAUGUUGAUGUGUGGCCAUUCAGCCGCCCUAUGCUGGUGGUGACGUCUCCAGCCUGGGCGGUGCAGGCCGCUCAGACCUACGAUCUGCCAAAGCCCGAGGUCCUUCAGCCGUUUAUCAAUCCGAUGGCGCGGGGGGGGUGCGGGGGGGCUCGGACAACCUAG